UCGGAAAUCUCCAAUCUCGCCAGGUCCUGCCUGAUCACCUCUCCCCACACUUCUUAGGCCGUCCUCUACCUCCUCUCGAACCCAUUAAAGCCAGCAGCUCACACCUCCUCACCGGAGCAUCCAGACUUCUCCCCCGCACGUGCCCGAACCAUCUGAGCCGCGCUUCCCGCAUCUUGUCAUCCACAGAGGCCACACCCACCUUCUCCCGAAUAUCGUCAUUCUUGAUCUUAUCUAACCUAGUAACUCCAAGAUCAAUUAUGAGUGAAGAAGGCAAGGACAGUCAUCAUCAUCACCAUGGCCAUUAUCACUAUCACCAUGAGGAAAACCAACCACCUCCACCACCACCAGCAGAAUAUGGUACUUUUCAACCACCCCCUCAACCGGUAGUCGGUUUCCCUCAACCGGUUCCUCCGCCUGGGGCAUUUGAACCUUUCCCUGAAUAUUAUGCUCGUGGCUAUCAGGCUGUUCCAGGUUAUGUGGUUGAUGAGCAGAGACCUGUGAGAGAGCCUCGCCUGCCUUGCUGUGGUAUUGGUCUUGGCUGGUUCUUGUUCAUUACUGGUUUCUUUCUGGCUGCCAUCCCUUGGUAUGUUGCUGCAUUUAUCCUGCUCUGCACCAGAUCAGUUAAUCAUCGAGAGAAACCAGGAUAUGUUACAUGCACAAUUGCUGCUGUUCUUGCUACUAUUGCCAUUGUAUUUGGUUUAACAAGGAUAUAAUCGAAAACUGGUGAUCAACUUGUGUGGAGUCAUAUGUGUACUAGGUAGUUUGAUUAAUGUGCGUGUAAUCAGAAGAUGUCUGUAAAGAAUUGCUUGUUUUAGAUAUAUGCUUCCUGUCCAAAACUGCCAUGUUUGUGUAAGAUGUUCUAAUUAUGAGACUGAAUGCUUUAAACAUGGCGCAAGAGUUUGCAUUUGUGCUCGGGGAAAUCAAGUAAAAGUUGUUGUAUGUUGACCAAAGACACAAAAGUCUC